ACAACUAAGCGACUAAGCUAAUUUUGUGGAAGAAUCAUUCGUUGGGAAGAGAAAACAUCUUUUACCAAUGACAAGUUCCGUUAUAACCAGUUGCCUCGGCGACUGGAACGACUUGGAGAAAGAAUUCACCCAGUUACAAGAGGACCACAAGGAAUAUCAGAAGAAAUUGGAACAAAUGGUCUCAUGUCAAAAGAAAUGUGUAGCCAGCAUUGCACAUCAUAGAUAUCGCAUCAAACAAAUCAACGAAUCUUUAAAAAAAGUAGAAUCAGAAAUUACAUCAGACGAAAAAGAACAGUUGGAGAAUUUGAAGAAAAAAAUAGCGAAAAGGAAACUUGAGUUCAGAGAUAUGGAAGAAGUUCUACCACAUAAAAAUGGGAUAUAUUUAAGUAUUAUAUUAGGAAGUGUUAAUAUCUCACUCUUAAACAAAGCUGAUAAAUACCAAUAUAAACAAGAUUAUGAGAAGUUCAAACUGACCGUUAGUUAUGUUGUCAUGUUUUUAUCAGCGUUCAUGCAUUUCAUUCCAGAAUACAGAUGGAUCGAUGCUGUGUUAAAUUUUUUAUUGGUAUGGUAUUAUUGUACGUUAACCAUCAGAGAAAGUAUACUUGUUGUGAACGGAUCAAGAAUAAAAGGUUGGUGGGUAACCCAUCAUUUUAUAUCAACAGUAUGUGCUGCUAUCAGUUUAAUUUGGCCAGAUAGUUUGACGUAUCAAUUAUUCCGUAAACAGUACAUCUUCUUUAUACUAUAUUUAAGUUGUGUUUAUGUGAUGCAGUAUUAUUAUCAGAGUGGAUGUUUAUACAGGAUGCGAUCACUAGGUGAAGGUCAUGACAUGGAUAUUACCGCAGAGGGUUUUAUGUCUUGGAUGUGGAAAGGGCUGGCAUUUUUACUUCCUCCAAUCUUCUUUGGAUAUUUCUUCCAGUGUUAUAACGCCUAUGUUCUAUAUCAUCUGUCCCAGUUACCUGAAUGUAAAGAAUGGCAGGUCAUUGUUCUAGCAGCUAUUCACUUUGUUCUGUUUGCUGGGAAUCUGGCCACAACAUUACGAGUCAUCCGUCAAAAAAUACAAUCUGAUCUGUCAUGGCUACGUAAUCGCUAUAGAAACAGUGUGGAUAAUAAUAAAACAGACUAGAUUACCAUGACAACCACUUGAUGGUAAUAUUCUUUUAAGAACAUUAGGUAUCCAUAGUUACAUCCCCACCCCCAUAAAAUUAUGGGAACUUACAGAAAUUUGAAUAAUAAAUCAAAAUGGAAUUUGUAUACAUAUAAGCUCUUGAUUUAGGUCAAGAUCUAUUGUGUUAUUUUUAUUAGUGAUAAGGCAAGCUCUCUAUAUAGGCUAGCCCUGGUUUUCAACCUUUUUUCGCCGUUCCCGCUUCACAGUGAUGCUUUCCAAAAUUUUGAAAAAUAUGCCCUUUUACCUCGUGUAGAUUGACCGAUGGACCCCCAGAACAUUUCCGUCAAAUUUCUAUCAUGACUGGGUGGUUGGAUGGCCGAAUUGUUAGCAUGUGUGCGCUAUAUCAUAAGGCCUGUCAUUGAGUUAACAGCCGUGGUUUUGAUUCCCGGAUUGUACGUGACAAGGAUUGGGAUCGCCUGUCCAACCUGGUGGGUUUUCUCCGGUUUCCUCCCACUUCUAAAGACACCUAUGCGCUAGCGAAUUAUUGAAAUAAAAUUGAACCAUAUGUUAGUCUCAAAAUGACCUAGUUUCUAUCAAGUGGACCUCUCUCUCUCUCUUUCUUAUGACUGGCAUGUAGGGCCAACCUGGAACCCAUGUUUCCAAAUUCCCCAGCUGCAGCCCACCAUCACCAUGUCCACAGACAAAUAACAUAGAUGAUCUCAAUACCUUGACUUCUAUUUAUUAGUGUUACAUGGUUGUCUAUGGGGUUUUCAAGUUGUAUGGACAUAAAUUUGGAAAUGCCCUGAAAGUGAUCAAAUUCCCCCUAAGUUGAAAACCAUGGCUUUAUAAGAUUGAAUUUUAGUUUUGAAAUAUUAAAUAAAAAUUGGGUCCACAUAUACUGAUGGAAGAAUAAUUACUAAUUUAUUUUACCAAAGUUUUGAACAUUUUGACAACAUUUCCAAAAUAAAUUAGUAAUUGUUCUUCCAUAAGUCAGUCUGAUUAAAAAUACAGGGGUCUGUUUCACGAAAUUUUAACUAAGAUAAAAUCCAAAUUUUAGUAAUUUGAUUGGAUAAUAUUAGAUUGAUUUUAGUGCUUAGCUAAUAAAAAUUGAAGUAUCCACUAAAAUUGGAUUUUAUCUUUAGUUAAGAUUUCAAGAAACAGGGCCCAGAUCUAUAUUUCGUUUUGUUUUUUAUACUUUCCAUGGCCUACACUACAAAAAGAUCUGGCCGGAUGUACUGGAAGGUUGCAUCAGAGUCGUACGAACGGCUUUUGACCCUAUCAGCGUUGACAGAUGGUUUUAUUGGCUAAUCCCUCACUUCAAACAGGACACGAGUUAGAUAACAACUCUUCCAGAUCCUAGUGUAGUAAGACAAAUAAAAUGAAAUUUUGAACUAUAAAAAACGAAACAAAAUAGGAUCUUUGUUUUAAUGAGAUUAUGUAUAUGUAUUAUAGUUUAUUGCUGUAUCUUGUUAUUAAUUGGUGGUUUCGAAUCCCCGGUUGUAUGUGACAAGGAGUAGGGUCGCCUGUCCAUCCUCGUGGGUUUUCUCCGGGUCCUCCGGUUUCCUCACACUGCUAAAGACCCCUAUGCGCAAGCGAAUUGUUGAAAUAAAAUUAAACCAUAUGUUAGACACGAAAUGACCUAGUUUGUGUCGAGUGGACGUUAAACCCCAUUCUAUCUAUCUCUCUCUGUUAUUAAUUGCCUCUAAAGGCUUAGAAUAUCUGUAUAUAAAUUAAAGGGAUUCAGGAUUAUUUUAAGGGUAAAUUUUCUUAAAAGCAUUUGUUAAUAUUUUAAUUUGUUUGUAUAAAAACAAAUUUAGGUAGAAAGACCACUGCCCUCUCAUAAUUAUAUUUAAGGCAAUGACUUUAACAUGUCGAUCAACUCAUGCAUGAUAUUAUUAGUUGGUCAUAUUAUUAGUUGGGACUAUGUUGGUAAUGGCUAUACAUGGUUAUCCCUGAACAACAUUUUAAUAUUUAACACGCCUGUCUGCCUUCCUUCCAUGAUCUGGGGUGGGGGGGGGGUGGAUGGCCAAAAAAUGGUUAGCACGUGUACGCUGUAUCAUAAGGUCUGUCAUUGAGUCAACUGGCAUGGUUUUGAUUCCCUGGUUGUAGGUGAUAAGGAGUAGGGUCGCCUGACCUAGUUUGUGUGGAGUGAACCUCGACCUCUCUCUUUGUCUCUGUCUUCUAUCUGGCGUUGGAUCAAAGCUUCUGUCAAUGAAUCCAGUGAUCUGGUUUCGAUUCACCUUCUGUCAGAUUUGAUGACUAUAUCACUUGAGGUGUUAUCAUUAUGGAGUUUUUGUUGAGGGAAUAUGAAGUUUAUGUUGAAAUGUUAUGUUUAUGGUUUAGAUGAAGUUUAUGUUGAGGGAAUAUAAAAUUUAUGUUGAGGAAAUUAUAGUUAUAGUUCAGAUGAAAUUUGUGUUCAGGAAUAUGGAGACUAUUUUGAAAUGUUGUAAUUAUAGUUCAGAUUCAGUUUAUGUUGAGGGAAUAUCACUGUAACCCAGGUAUCGUUUAAUCUUGUGUAUCUAGCUCUAAUUUCUUUCACAUUCGUUUAAUAUCAAAUCUUUGUUUAAAAAUUCGUAAAAAUUGUUUAAAAUCACCAAAAAUCAUCUAAUUUGUACAUGUGUCCAGUUUAAAGCUGACUGAUUAAUUUUGAUAAUGAGUGUCCAAUUUACAAGUAUUUAAUUUCCUGAUCACUGUUCAAAAAUUAAUCACUAUACAUCAUUAAUCAAUUGUGUUGGGUUUUUUUAACAAUGAUUGAGAAAUUAAACACUUG